AUGGUGAGAGUCUCGCUGCUAUGGGAGGCCCCUGAGGUCAACCCGAUCAACCACAAGGCACGCUCCGUCCCCAUUUUGAAUGUCAUCAACAUGUAUGGGCGCGUCUUCUUUUUCUCGUGGUUCGGAUUCUUCAUCGCCUUCUGGUCAUGGUAUGCCUUCCCACCAUUGACCACCGUCACCAUCCGCCGAGAGUUCGGCAUGACUCAAGCCGAUGUCGGCAACGCCAACAUCGCAGCACUGACAGGCACCCUCCUCGUCCGCUUCAUGGCCGGCCCGGCCUGUGACCGCUGGGGUCCACGCUGGACCUACAUUGGCAUCCUAGCCAUGGGCUCAAUCCCAACUGCCCUCUCCGGUCUGGUCCGUAACGUCUCUGGCCUCAUCGCGAUCCGAUUCUUCGUCGGCGUCCUUGGCGGUACCUUCGUGCCGUGCCAGGUCUGGAGUACAGGCUUCUUCGAUAAGAAUGUCGUGGGUUCGGCCAAUGCGCUCAUUGGCGGUUGGGGUAAUGCUGGUGGUGGCAUUACUUACUUCCUGAUGCCGAUGAUUUAUGAUUCUUUGAAGGCUGAUAUGGGUCUUACGUCUCCUCAAGCCUGGCGGGUGGCUAUGAUUGUGCCGUUUAUUCUGAUCACAGCGACGUAUCUGGGUAUGAUCUUCCUGUGUCAGGAUACCCCGACUGGGAAAUGGAGCGAGAGGCACGAUGCUGCCCGUCACCAGCUCGCUGCUCAUGGAGUGCAAACGUCGGUCCUUGACGGGACGCCGCCCGUUGACUCCUCUGAGCCUUCGAGUGGUACGGCUACUCCUCGACGUGAUGAUGAGAAGAAGCGUGCUGGCGAUCAGAUGGCGAAGAACGACAUCGAGCGCGGAAGCACCCGCCGCAGCAGUACAGCUUCAGCAGGCAAGGAGGCCAAGAUGUCGCAAGACGAAAUGAUUGCGACGGCUCGUGGUGAGGUCGUCGUUGCGCCGACGUUCAAGGAGGCUUGUAACGUGUUCUUCUCGUUGCAAAUGGCUUUCCACGCCUGCACCUAUGUUUGUUCGUUUGGUGGAGUAGGUCUUCCCCUUGCCCCAGACCCUGGCUCAGACGCAGCUGCUGACUUCAACCAGGAACUAGCCAUAAACUCCUACCUCGCAUCCUACUACCUCCGCAACUUCCCCUCCCUCGGCCAAACCCACGCUGGCCAAUGGGCGUCCAUGUUCGGCCUCCUCAACGUCGUCACGCGUCCGUUGGGCGGUAUCAUCUCUGAUCUCCUAUACCGAAAGACACACUCACUGUGGGUCAAAAAGGGCUGGAUCGUCUUCGUCGGCGUCAUUUCGGGAGCAUUCAACAUUGCCAUCGGCCUCACGGACCCGCGCGACGAGGCUACCAUGUUUGGGCUGAUCGCCGGGAUGGCGUUUUUCCUUGAAGCAGGUAAUGGGGCUAAUUUCGGGUUGGUGCCGCAUGUAUACCCUCACGCCAACGGGAUUAUCAGUGGCUUCACCGGAGCUGCUGGUAAUUUGGGUGGUGUCAUAUUCGCGAUCUUGUUCCGGUUCCACGGCAGUGAGUACCAGGAGAGUUUCUGGAUUUUGGGGAUCAUGGUGAUUGGAUUCAACCUGGCUUUCUGCUGGGUUCGACCUAUUCCGAAGGGCCAGGUUGGUGGGCGGUGA